AUGCUCUACAGUCUGUGUCACCGAUGUCUCCUCUCACUUAUCCUCUGCUUAUCAGAAGCCACCUCUAUGAAUGAUCCUGGUGAUUUGGUUGGAGAGAUCUCUAGAGAAGCUGGUAACUUGCUUUGGAUAGUCGAUAUACUAAUCGAGAAGAAGAUCUGCGAGGAGUUUGUGCAGCUAUGGGGGGAGCAGAAGGAGCUAGCGAAUCUCCAUUCCAAGAUUCCUGCAAAGUACAGACACGAGAUAAGCAAGAUCACUGCACGGAUCUGCGUUGGAAUUGGGUCUUUUUCGAGAUCAAUGGAGUGGAAAGGUGGUGGAGGAUGGACUCAGCCAGAUGAUACUGACAUUGUCGUUGAGUCAGCAACAGGUGGUUCUGGUGAAGUGGUUCGAUCGGUUUAUGAGCAAUGGAGAUCAUUGUCCUAA